AUGGUCGCCGUGAAGUGGAUCCGCGGUGGCGAGUUCGACGGAGCCGGCGCGCCGAACCUCCCCGCGGUCGUGCGCGAGGCCGGCUGCGUCGCCGCGUGCCGCUGCCACCCCGGCAUCGUGCAGAUCAAGAACGUCGACAAGAGCGAGGAGACCGGCGACCUGUACAUCGUCAUGGAGCUCGCCGGCCCUAGCCUCCGCAGCCGGCUCGAGGGGCAGCCCUUCUCCGAGGACGAGACACGCGACUCUAUGAGGCAGCUCCUGCAGGCCGUGGAGAAGCUGCACGCCACGGGGACGAUCCACCGCGACAUUAACCCCGACAACAUCCUCGUCGGCACCGACGAAACGCUUAAGAUCUGCGGCUUCGGAUGCGCGACGCCGGCGAGGCACAUAGGAAAGAUGUUCCUAGAAAAGCUCGUAAGCGCGAUGAUGCAGUCCCCGGAGAAGCUAGAUGGCACGACGAUGCAGUACCGCCCGUCGGAGCAGCUGAUAUUCAGCCAGUAUUACGGGCCCGAGGGGGACAUCUAUGCACUGGGGUGCGUGAUCUUCGAGCUCCUCACCGGCGAGCCCCUGUUCACGGCGACCACGGAGGAUGACAUGAUGAUCGAGCAGACGCUGGAGCUGAGCGACGAGCUUCGAAAAACGCACAUUCAUCCGUGGCCUUAG